AUGUCUUCAACAAUUAAAAAUCAUGAAAAAAUAUCCAAAACAAGAGUUAUAAAUGCAUCAAUAUUAACUAUAAUUUCAAUUUUAUUAUUUAUAGAAUUAUUAUAUCAUUUAAAAUGGAGUAUCAAAAUUAUUUAUAAUCAAUCAUUUGGAAAUCAAUUAAAUAAUUUAAUUUAUGGUUUAGGAUCAUUAUUAGCAAAUUUUGGUUUAAGUGUUAGCUUUUUAAAAUGGUUAAAUCAAAAGAUAUUAGUAGAUAAAAUUGAAGAAGAUUAUAAGAAAUAUAUAUGA